AUGGACAGAAGCUGGAUUAGAAAAGGAGUUAGAAAGUUUUCGAAAGAACAUAUGAACGGAGUUGAUGAUUUCAUGGCAUUUGUUCGAGCAAAUUUUGCCAACGAUGCUCACAUUCUUUGCCCAUGCUGCGAAUGCCUCAACCGUUCAAGAAUGGCUCAAGGAAGAGUGGAAGAUCAUCUGCUUCUUAAUGGGAUGUCCAGCACAUAUGAUAGGUGGAUAUAUCAUGGGGAACCUUUAGACAGACAACCUCAACAUUUUGAAGCUGAUACAGAGGCCCCUCAUAUGAUGGGUGGUGGUGAUGCUGGCAAUGAUUUCAUGGAAAAGGUUUUGCGAGAUAAUGCUGGUUUGGAGGAAGAGGAUGGGCAUGAAGACGAUAGGAUUCCUGACCUAUUAAAGGAUUUGUACGAUGCUGAAGAUCGUGCUGAUGGACAGAAGUCGUUGUUUGCUGAGGUGUUAGAGGAGGCGAAGCGCGCAGCUCGUGAAGGGGGUAAAUUUUCAAGAUUUACCUUCAGCGUGAAGUUACUCCACAUCAAGUCUUUCUACCGGAUUAGCAAUGCUGCAUUCAACGCAAUACUCCGCCUUUUGAGCUUGCAAUUCCCUGAUAGUUGUGUUCCCAGAUCUUAUGAUGAAGCAUUGAGCAUAAUCGGCAGGCUGGGGUUAGGUUAUGUGUCAAUACAUGUGUGCCCAAAUAACUGCGUCUUGUUUCGGAAGGAUUUAGCAAAGCAUGAUAACUGUCCAAAAUGCAAUGCCUCUAGGUGGAAAGAUGCUGAUGGGAAGAAGUCAAUACCGGAGAAGGUACUGAGGCACUUUCCGUUGAUACCAAGGCUGCAGCGGAUGUUCAUCUCGAAGAAAUCAUUGCGUGAGGUACAGUGGCACCAGCUGAAGCGGCAACCUAUGGACAAUGAGCUGAGCCAUCCAGCGGACGGAGAGGCAUGGAAAGAGUUUGACCGUAUACAUUUAGAUUUUGCUGCAGAUCCAAGGAACAUAAAACAUGGCAUUGCCACAGAUGGGUUUAAUCGGUUUGGGAACAUGAGCACGUCUUGUAGCAUGUGGCCAGUUUUUGUGGUGCCGUACAACCUGCCACCAUGGGCAUGCAUGGAUCAGUCCAACUUCAUGAUGUCAUUUCUUAUCUCGGGUCCAGAGUCUCCAGGAAAGGAUUUUGAUGUCUUUAUGGAGCCCCUCGUAGAAGAACUGCUCCAGCUCUGGACUGGUGUACCUACAUACGAUGCCUUGAGUCCGGAAGAAAAGUUCAAUCUACGUGCUGCAAUCAUAUGGUCCAUCCAUGAUUUCCCGGCUCUGCACACUAUUUGGGAGGAUCACAGCAGGUUAUAA